AUGGACAAGAUGACCAAGACUAUCUAUCCCAAGAAGAUAGAGCUGCGAUUUUUCGAGCGUACAGUCACGAUGGUUGACGACAUCUCCAUGAAGAUCGUGCACUCGAUGCUCGUGGCUGGCGACACAAAACCGUUGUUACGAUUGUUGCCGCUUGCUCUCGCACGAACUUUCAACAUGCAUCCACGUAUGCGAGCUGUGCAAGUCAAAACCAAAGAUUUCACCGCAGAAAUUCAAGGACCGGUGACUCUCGAAGACAUUGGCACGAAGAAUCUUCUUCGCAUUCAACAAUUCUCCUCAACUAAAGACACGUUCGAGAACUGGCAGCGGUAUGCUACAGACGAGUGCAACAUCGCGUUCGACCGGUACACGCAGUUGCCGUUCUUCCUCACUGUAUGGGUCAAUGAUUCAGCGAAUCAAGCACGUCUCAUGCUCUUCUCAGACCACUACAUGUCUGACGGGUACUCGGGAAUGAUAGUGCUGAACUCCAUUCUGGAGCAAGUCGCUGGUUUAUCGAAGAAAGGAACCGAUGAACAACUGAAACAAGUCCAAGUGAAAGAAUUCCCACUGCGAGCUUCGUUCUACGAGAACUACUUGUCCGACAUGUGGAUGUUCAAACCAAUCGUGAAAGGCUUCGUUUCGCUGUUCGGAAAGACGAUCUACCGUCACGUGGUGGACAACUUCAAGCCUGUUUUACCAGCUCGGAGUGACCAGCAUGACUUUGUCGUUCCACUCGUCGCAAACUCGACGUCCGCGUGUUUUGCAGAGGGGGAUCCAGACUGCAUGCGCAAGACUCUUGCCAGAUGCAAAGCUGAAGAUGUCACCUUUGCUGGAGCGCUGGUGAGUGCAGUAGUAGUGGCAUUCUACCAAGCGGCAAAAAACGAACCUGACUUUGACCCAGAGCAGCCAUUCAAGUUUAUGGUCGAUUUGGACUACAAUAUGCGGAAACGUGUGCCCAAAGUUGCUGAAGAAGACCACGUCGGUGCAUUCAUAGCUUUCGCUGAUCUGGAAUGGCUCGCGAAUGAAGGUGUCGACACGAAAACGACGUCGUUCUGGGACCUCGCUCGUCGCAGCAAGAGAGUGAUCGAUGAGAAUCUUGACCACAAGAAGAUGAUGGCAACUGUGACGGUCAUAGUGGACAAGUUCAUCAACGCGAAGACGGGGCUUUCGUUUGCAGAGGAUGUCCGAAUGCCAAACUCGCUGAAUUCUGAUGCCAACAUUUCCAAUGUGGGGAGGUAUCCCUAUGCACGGGAUUUCUCUCUGACAUCGGAUAGUAAGCUGACAGUCAAAAGUCUGCACGUGUACAACCCGAUUCCACACUUGGCUCCUUCGGCAAUUUUCUUCGUGUCGUCUGUGGAAUCGUUUUGCUACUCUAUGGGCCACAAGUGCGAGGACGAAAUAGGUAGAAAUCUCUUUUCGGCGUGGGUUGCAGUGUGCGAGAACAUGGGAAACAUCGGGGCGAACGAUACGCUGGCGGAUGUGCUGCAGCAGCUUCAGUUGUAA